ACUUCACGACUGACCCACCGCCCGUCGUUGGUUUAGCUUGUGCCGCUUUGCCGGUGCAGGUAAUCGGUUUCCCCUCCAGUUCGGUGCCAAAGCUCCGGGGCUGCCCAUGAACGGCACCAUGGCCGCAUCCUCACACCGGAUAAUGUUGGGGCCGCUGGUUGCUUCCAUCGACCAGGGCACGAGCUCCACUCGGUUUUUGGUGUUUAAUUCAAAAACUGCAGAGCUCCUCAGCCAUCAUCAGGUGGAAAUCAAACAGAGCUUCCCCAAAGAAGGAUGGGUGGAGGAAGACCCCAAAGAAAUCCUGCAGUCGGUGUACGAGUGCAUGGAGCGGACGUGUGAAAAACUCACCCAGCUCAACAUAGACAUCUCGAACAUUAAAGCUAUUGGAGUGACCAACCAAAGAGAGACCACACUUGUUUGGGACAAAGAGACGGGGGAGCCCCUCUACAAUGCAAUCGUUUGGCUGGACCUGCGGACUCAGUCAACAGUUGAACGUCUAAUUAACAAGACCCCAGGAAGGAAUAAGAACCACUUAAAGCAUAAAACGGGGCUCCCAAUCAGCACUUACUUUAGCGCAGUGAAACUACGCUGGCUGAUGGACAACGUGGACGAGGUCCACGAAGCCGUUGUGUCUCACCGCGCCAUGUUCGGCACUGUGGACUCCUGGCUCAUUUGGUGUUUGACAGGAGGCAAGACAGGCGGAGUCCACUGCACAGAUGUGACCAACGCCAGCAGAACCAUGCUGUUUAACAUUCACACUAUGGACUGGGACCCAGAGCUUUGCAAGUAUUUUGGUAUUCCCAUGGAGAUUUUGCCCCGAGUGAGGAGUUCCUCAGAAAUCUACGGUCUCAUGAAAAUAUGUUCUAGCCGGAAAUCUGGAGCUCUCUCAGGUAUCCCCAUUUCAGGGUGUCUUGGAGAUCAGUCGGCAGCGCUGGUUGGACAGAUGUGUUUUCAGGACGGGCAGGCGAAAAAUACGUAUGGAACUGGCUGCUUUCUCCUGCGAAACACAGGACCUAAGCCUGUCAUGUCCGACCACGGUCUUCUGACCACUGUGGCAUACAAACUUGGUCGGGACAAACCUGCCUGCUAUGCACUAGAGGGCUCUGUGGCCAUUGCAGGAGCUGUGGUUCGUUGGCUGCAGGACAAUCUCGGGAUCAUCGGGUCGUCUGAGGAGCUCGAGAAGUUGGCUGCAUCAGUCGGUACAUCCUACGGUUGUUAUUUUGUUCCUGCAUUUUCCGGUCUUUAUGCACCUUACUGGGAGCCCAGUGCAAGAGGGAUCAUUUGUGGGUUAACGCAGUUUACUAAUAAGAGUCAUGUGGCGUUUGCUGCAUUGGAAGCUGUGUGUUUCCAGACACGGGAGAUACUUGAUGCCAUGAAUCAGGACAGCGGCAUUCCACUAACUCAGCUCCAGGUGGACGGAGGAAUGACGUCAAACAGGCUGCUGAUGCAGCUGCAGGCAGACAUUCUUUGUAUUCCUGUUGUGAAGCCGUCCAUGCCUGAGACCACAGCUCUCGGUGCUGCGAUGGCAGCAGGAGCAGCCGAGGGUGUGAGUGUGUGGAGUCUGAGCCCAGAGGACCUGAGUGAAGUCACCUCCGAGAAGUUCGAGCCUCAGAUCAACCCUGAAGAGAGCGAGUUUCGGUACGCUCGGUGGAAGAAGGCGGUUCAGAAAUCCAUGAACUGGGAGACGACAGAGCCUGCUGGUAAUGGAAACGGUGAAACUAGUAUCUUCAGCAGCGUCCCUCUGGGCUUCUACAUCAUGGGCAGCAUGUUGAUGUUAGUUGGUGCCAGAUACCUCGCAGGCCGUGACUAGGCUCGGACUCGUGUAGGCUUUGAGAGCAGAGUGGGACAAACACUCUUCUUGCUGGACCACCACUGGUACUCUGGGUUGCACCCUUUUUCCAAAAAGGCAUUCCAGGAGAGAGCUGCUCCUGCUGAAUCUUUCUGGAAAACCAGGACAAGUUUAAACUGGGAGGUUUUUCUUUAAUAUUGUUUUUAUUUGUUAAAGUUAAUGCAUUUUUCUCUGCAGCAGACAUCGGUACGUUAAACAUUAAUUUUAGCAGGGGUGUGCAUGCAGUAUUUCUUUUUCUACGAUGUUGAUAUGAGGAACAUCUGAGCUUAUUUAUGUAGUCGACAUUGUUGUAAUGUCCCCACCGCUGUGUGAAGUGAAGUUCGCCAUUUAAUUUAUCGCCACCUGUUGUUUAUGUGAUGUUGUUCUAUCCCUCCACUAUGCGCAACAGAGGAAGUUUAAGAGCACUUUAUAUUUUUGUUUUGUCUCGUGGGAGUUGUGUACUAACACAGUCUAAUGUAUGUUUUUUUCUAACACUUGGGAUUAAGGCACAGAAGGUUUAAGAAUGUAAAAUGAAAACAAGGGAGGUCUGAUAAUCUGACGUUGUUGUUUUUUUGGAGGAAGUGGUGAGCUUGUUCAUACUGUUUAAUGUUUUUAAACAGUAAAAAUAUGUAUUGUGUAAAGGAGAAAAGUGAUGAAGGGCAAUCAUGACUUGGCAGACAAUUUUUGGUUCACACAGGAAAUGUGAAGACUUAAGAAUAUACAUGUAUAGCCCUGUUUCCACCAAGCACUUUAGGUAUGGUACCUUUGGAACCAAAAGUAACCCUUCAGACAUGGCACCUAGACCCUAGCUCCAUUUAGUGUUUCCAACUCAUGCACUGAGUAACAUUACAAGUUAACGUUCCACCUUAAAAGUCGCCGGCAGUCUGCCCAGUGAAUUGAGUUGUUUUUUUCUCAUUUUACUAAUAAAACUCUCCACGAUAUGAACAGUGGUUACAUGAGCCUCAAAACCAGCCACAACUCAGCCCUGAGCAGAGUGACUGUCUGCUAUUGACCAAUCAACAGACUGCAGUGUUCACAGCUCCACCUUUUAGUAUCAGAUCUGUAUGCUAGGUACCCCGACAGAGGGGGGACCAAAAAUGGGGAUGGUACGGAAUGGUCCCAUUGGUACCAUCCACAACUUGUCACAGUGGAAACAGAAAUUCUCCCAAAGCUUAAAACCAACUACGAAGAUCAUUUAGGGACAAAAACUGAUGCAGCUGUUAAUAGGUGAUUUAUUUUGUAGACCAAAAUGUUAGUGUAGCUUUUAUUUAAGUACAUGGAUCUACACCCUGUAUGAUUUUUUUGUUGGGUUUUUUGUUUGUUUGUGAGAACUGUCUUUGGUUAUGAAACUGACCAAAAAUAAAAUCACUACUUUCCACAUAACUUAUAUUUUCUGGCUACAAAAAGAUUUAUUUAUCCAAGGAAAUUCACAAUUGUGUCACUGCAGUGAAGUUCAGCUUUUUUGUAUGAUAAAAUUAAUAUGGGAAUUAAUUUAAAUUAAUUAAUUUAAUUGUAAAAAUUUAUUUUAAAUUAAUUUAAAGGGAGAAAAAUAAAAGCAUAGAACCAAAUAUUGCUAAAAUAGUUCCCUUUUUGGUAUAGUCCUGGUUUGAGGAGUUAAGCUUGAUGUCUUUUUGUUCUGUUGCCGAACAUUUGUCAUAUUUGUCUUGGAUGGUGGAUAUGACUUGAUCCUUGAUGAAAGGUGGAGGCAGAACAGUUAUUUUGCUCAAGUGUGUUGGUUAGUGUGUAGGAUUCAGGGGCAUCUCUGGAAUAUAAUGUGAAUGACUUUGUUUUCAUUAGUUUAUAAUCACCUGAAAAUAACAUUUGUUGUGUUUUCGUUACCUUAGAAUGAGCCGUUUAUAUCUACAUACUUCCACAAAGUCCGCCAUGUUUCUACAGAAGCCCAGAACGGACAAACCAAACACUGGCUCUAGAUAGGCCCUUAUGUGAUUUUGUGUUGGCAGAUGGGAGAAGUCUCAGUUCUGCAACACCAUUAGAUGCCACUAAAGCCUUCACACUGGACCUUAAAGAAAUGGUUUUGUAUUAGCUCUGUAUAGUUUUGUGCAAGUGAAGGCAUGAAAUCACUGCGUUAAAAGUGCUCUCAGUUUACUAACGGAUGUUCAUGAUUGAAUUGAAUAAAAGGGAAAUGUCAUCUUGAGAAGAGAAGCUUUAACUCAAGUGUUUUACCCUGAAUUCAGAGACUUAAAAUGACGGCAAGCAUGAAAGCAAAGUGUGCUACCAACUCUCAUACACGACCUUUAACUGUGAAAUUGUUGGUUUUCGUGACGAGUCGUUUCAUAUCGAACAAUGAAAACAUGUCUCCACCCUUUUGCUGCUCACUCUGCAUGUCAUUUCCUCCAACUCCUUCACAGUGGCAUCGGCAUUAAAAGGAAAUAACGCAAAGCAGUACUGCUCUGAUUGAAAUGUAUAAAAUGAGGAAACAUUUUGUGCUAAUGUCAUCACCUCUUAUGUACAGAAACGUUUAUGGAAGAACAAAUGUCAUGAAAAAAUAAACUUUAGUUCUGAAAUUUA